AUGCCUCCUUCUGCCACAUCGAUUGAGGAGAGACAACCCGUUCUGCUCCCGUGCGGUGGAUGGGAUACUCAUCACCAUAUCUUCGAACCCGAAUCUUUCCCUUACAGCCCAAACAGGCAUUUAACUCCGCCCUUAGGCAUCACGAGAUCUGUACUCACACAUGGAUUAUCCUACGGAAAUGACUGCACAUCUCUCAAGGCGUUCGUCCCUCGCCUCGGUAGCCAAAAGACCCGGGCUGUUGGCGUUAUCGAUCCUGAAACGACGACAGACGAGGAGUUACUUGCGAUGCACAGAGCGGGUGUCCGCGGCCUUCGCGUGAACCUGUAUCAGUACAAAGCUAUGGAAGAUGUCGAGUUGCAAAAAUCUAUCGCUCCCUGGAGCUUAACGAUGACGACGACCCGCACCGAGUUCUGGACCACGCUGGAGCCCUUCGUCCGAGAUGUCAUAGUCUCGCAAGGGGUCAUCUUGGUUACAGAUCACUUUGCGUUGCUGAAGGCGACAAGUCUGCUGCCCGGUGAACAUCGCGAGGACCCGACGACCCAGCCAGGGUAUGACGCCGUGAUGAGACUAGUAAGGGACGGCCAUCUGUGGGUAAAGCUGAGCGCACCGUAUCGCAUCAGCGACGAAGACCCAGGAUACUCAGAUGUAAAGUUUCUAGUGCGCGCAUUUGUCGAUGCGAACAAGCGGGUGCUGUGGGGCAGCGAUUGGCCGCAUACGCCGCGAAUGAAGACGCCGUAUCUUGAGGUAGAUGAUGCGGCAUGGCUCAAGAGCCUGAGGUCUUGGCUCUCAGAUGAGGAGUGGGAUCUUCUAAUGGUUCAGAAUCCAAGCCAUAUCUUUGGACGGUGA